AUGAGAUAUUAUUCAAUUGAUAUUGAAUGUUUUUAUAAUGCUAUUGGAUCUCAUAAUAACGAAUUUGCUAAAUUUCUUAUAUCUAAUGCCGCAAAUGUAGAAGCAUUAUGCGAUGGAAAAACUUUGCUUCAUGUUGCAGUGGAGAAUGAUUGCAUUGAGACUGCAGAAAUUCUUCUUGCCAAUGGUAUUAACAUUAAUGAUUCAACUUCCGAGGAGGAUUGCACACAAAUUUAUUUUGCAGUGUGCAAUCGAAAUAAAAAAAUGGUCGAGAUACUCAUAUCUCAUGGUGCAGAUCUUAAUUUAGAAAUGACCAGUAAAACUAAUCUACUUCAAAAGACAAUAGAAUUGUAUGAGCCAGCUAUUCUUGAUAUCCUUUUAACUCAUGGUGCAGACAUUAAUGUUACAGAUGACAAUCUGAAUUCUCUUUUGCAUAUUGCGGCAAUUAGUAAUUACAAAACUAUAGCUGAAAUUCUCAUUAAACAUAAUAUUAAUAAUUGA